AUGCAAUGUUUAGCUUAUCUUUCAAAAAGUUUUUCAAAUUUGACCAAAGCUUCGCUAUGUAAACCAACAUUAAAGGGCUCCAUAUUUUCCGCCUAUCGAUGUUCGAAGCAUAUGUCAAGUUUGAACCUUCAAACUGUAUCAGGAGAUCCACCGCAGGCAGAUGUCCUUCAUAAGAGAAAAUUUGGAAGUCGUGUUUUCAUAUUAAAUCGCCCUAAUGUUCUAAACGCACUGGACCUGAGCAUGAUUAGAAAUAUGACACCACAAUUGCAGGCUUGGAAUGAAUCUGAUUUAUGUAAAGUCAUUAUUCUUAAAGCCAAUGGGAAAAAGGCGUUUUGUGCUGGUGGUGAUGUAAAACGAGUUGUAGAAUUAGCAAAUAGGAAGAAGAAUGGUGAAGUUGGUGUCAGGCCUCUUCGAUUUUUUGAAGAAGAAUUUCAGCUUAAUCACCUCAUCGCUACGUUAGAUAAACCAUUUGUUGCUUUUAUGGAUGGCAUUACCAUGGGAGGUGGUGUUGGUUUAUCAGUUCAUGCACCAUUUCGCAUUGCUACUGAAAAUACAAUAUUUGCCAUGCCAGAGGUAAACAUUGGUUAUUUUCCUGAUGUUGGCGGAUCCUUCUUUUUAUCAAGAAUGGAUGGAGAAGUUGGAACUUAUCUAGCAUUGACUGGUUCAAGGCUACGUGGCGUAGAUGUCUUCUUAUCUGGAAUUGCGACACAUUAUGUUCCUUCACAACGGUUAUCAUAUUUGGAAGAUCGUUUGAGUGAAUUAGAAAGUGAUGAUCAUGAGGUGAUAAAUGCAGCCAUAGAAGAUUUUGUAUCAGAACCCCAACAAAAUCAUGUCUAUUCCCUUGGUGGUGACAUUAGAAAAGCAAUUGAUCGAUGCUUUAAAGGUAAUACACUUGAGAGUAUUAUCGAUGCGUUGACCAAAGAAGAAAAUGAAAAGUGGUCGAAGGAAGUAAUAAAUACUAUGUUGAAAAUGUCACCUACAAGUUUAAAAGUUACUUUACGUGAAUUACGAAAGGGAAAACAAAUAGUCAUAACUGAUUGCUUUAAGAUGGAAUAUAAACUAGUUCAAAAAUUUUUGGAAAAGUCAGAUUUCAUUGAAGGGGUAACGGCGCUACUUGUUGAUAAAAGAGAACCAAAAUGGAAUCCUUCAAAAUUAGAUGAUAUUUCUGAUGAUGAAAUAGAGAAAUUUUAUUUUGAAGGUUCAGAAAAACAUCAGUUAAAUUUAUUAAAUAUACGGUCUUUUGAAAAUUAUCCGUAUUCUAGGUUUGCAUUACCAACUGAAGAAGAAAUUCAAAAAGUUGUUACAGGUGAAACACCGGAUGCAGGAUCGGUGAGUAUGACUCAACAAGAGGUCGUUGAUUUUUUUCUUAAAGAUCGAAAGGCCAAAAUAGGAGUUCGAGAAAAAGUAUUGGAAGUUUUAAAUAGAAAAACUACUCAGAUUGAUGGUCAAGAAGGGUUGAAAUGGGUUAAUGACAUUAAAAUAAAAUAA